GCGAAGGUCAGCAUCCAAUAUGGCUGCUUGCACGAGAAGGCUUGACAAAGUUAUGUUUUCAAUAAGGCUGUUACGGAAUAUACAACAGCAAAAUGAACGUUUCUUGUCCACAUCUAUGCGUCGCCUCGCACAGGGGAGUGACGGUGGCAAGCCAACAAAAUUCACCCCUCCACCAAAACCUGUCAUCAUUGACAAAACACAGUCCGAGGCUUCACUGCGAAAGUUCCUGAGUCCAGAAUUCAUCCCUCCCCGACAGAGAAUAAACCCACUGAAGUUUUCCAUUGAGCGCAAAGACAUGAUCCAGAGGAGGAAAGUGCUCAACAUUCCAGAGUUUUAUGUUGGAAGUGUCUUAGCUGUGACCAUGGCGGACCCUCACGCCAGCGGUAAAACCAACCGCUUUAUGGGCAUCUGCAUCCAGAGAGGUGGCCAUGGACUGGGAGCCACAUUUGUCCUUAGGAAUAUCAUCGACGGCCAAGGAGUUGAGAUCUGCUAUGAAAUGUACAGCCCGCGGCUGCAGCAGCUGGAGGUGCUGAAGCUGGAGAAAAGGCUGGACAACAAUCUGAUGUACCUGAGAGACGCCCUGCCCGAGUACAGCACCGUGAACUUGGACAUGAAGCCCGUGCCCCACUCUGUCACCGGGGACGUGCCCGUCAAUAAAAUCAGAGUGCGGAUGCGGCCCAAGCCGUGGUCCAAGCGCUGGGAGCGGCCCAAGUACAACGUGCAGGGCAUCCGAUUCGACCUGUGUCUGUCGCCCGAGAAGCUGGAGCACGCCCAGAAGUGGGCGAUGCCCUGGCUGGAGUAUGACAUGCUGAAAGAGUACGACACCACAGCCCUGGAGGAGCACAUCCUUAAGGAGGUGCAGACAGAGAUGAGCAAGUGAACAUGCCCCUAACCCCUCACCCCAACCCUCUCUCAACCAGGGGUGGGUAGUUCAGUAAGCGGGUGGGUAGUUCAAUAAGCGGGUGGGUAGUUCCAGUAAGCGGGUGGGCAGCCCCGGCAGUAGUGUCUUCUGGUUUUACUGUCAAAUCAAUAAAUUACAUAAAGUUGGGGGGGGGGGAAAUCUAGUUUAUUCACUCCAUGAGCAAUUAGUGACAUGAAUAGAUGGAUGAAGUGCCUGGGAGAUGAAAAGCACCAGACAGUGCUGCCUCUGAGGAACAGUGUUCAGCCACCCCUGUUAAGCUCUUUCAACACUUGAUGUCCCUUGGUCUUCCACCUGUCUCCAUGUACAUGAUGUCUGGUGAGAGGUGGAGAGGAACAUUGAGGAGUCUGAAUCUCCCAGGGACAAUGGUGGAACCGUCUGCAUAGCUGUGCUUACCUGCUUGCUUCAUCGUGUCUUGUAUGUCUGGAAAGUGGUUUUGCAUAUCAAUGUGCAGUUGCAAGUAUCCAUUUCUAAAUUAAAAAGCUAUUAAACAUG